CGCCUCAGAACCUCUCGUUACCCAAUCCCAACAUACCAAAGCAUAGACGAGUCACAGUUAUGGCUAAAAAUGAUGACUUGAAGCUUUUGGGUGCCUGGUUCAGCCCAUUUGCUCUGAGGGUGCAAAUUGCCCUUAACCUUAAGGGCUUAGACUAUGAGAAUAUUGAAGAGACCUUGAACCCCAAAAGUGACCUGCUUCUUCAGUCCAACCCUGUCCACAAGAAAGUCCCAGUUCUCCUCCAUGCAGGUAAACCCAUCUGUGAAUCUUCCAUCAUAGUUGAGUAUAUUGAUGAGGUUUGGACCAAUGCUCCUUCCAUCCUUCCAACAAAUGCUUAUGAUCGAGCUAUUGCUCGAUUCUGGACUGCCUACGUCGACGAGAAGGCAUUCGUGUUCUUGCGAAAUAUUCUAAUGAGUGAAGAUGAUGAAGAAAAGAAGGCACUCUUUGGGCAAAUGGAAGAAGUGCUUGACAGGAUGGAAGAAGCGUUGAAAAAGUACAGUGAAGGAAAGGCCUAUUUUGGAGGAGAUACAAUUGGAUGCAUUGAUAUUGCUUUUGGGAGCUUUUUGAGAUGGAUCAAUGUGAUAGAGAAGAUGAAUGGAAGGAUAGUGCUUGAUGAAGCAAAGAACCCUGUUUUGGCCAAAUGGGCUGAAACUUUUUCUGUUGAUCCUGCUGUGAAUGGCCUUCUACCAGAGACUGAUAAGCUUAUUGAGUAUGCAAAUGUUCUCAAGCAAAAAAUGGCUGCUAUGAAGCUGCAAAAUAAUUAGAACUUCCUGGGUUUAGAAUUUGUUGUCUAAGUUUCUAUUUUAUUUUCAGCGCUUCUUAAUUUCUUCUGGUCUGUAUGCACUGUGUGAUGUUCGAAAGCAAAUUUAAUGUUUUACACUGUUUGGUCUGUGAUUUCAAGUU